UAAUUCCAUUUGCUAUUCAGGGUUUAGAUCAACAUGUCGAGCUCAUCUUCUAGCUCAUACUCGUUGUCAAAGAUCAACCCAAAACUUUUACGUAGAAUUUAUAGAGCAUGUCGACCAACUCUCAAUGAACCUAACUUGUCACUUAAUUUAGAAAUCUGUGACUACGUCAAUGCCAAGCAAGGUUCCACGCCUCGUGAAGCAGCUAUUGCAGUUGCUAAGCUUAUCUCUCAACGUGACCCCCAAACUUCAGAAUUAGCUGUUGCUCUUUUGGAUAACCUUGUUAAAAACUGUGGAUAUCCAUUUCAACUUCAAGUUUCUCGUAAGGAAUUUUUAAAUGAAUUAGUUAAAAGAUUUCCUGAACGUCCUCCUCCUCGUUAUUCUAGAGUUCAACGUUUAGUUCUUGCCCAAAUCGAAGAAUGGCACCAAACGAUUUGCAGAACUUCUAAGUACAAGGAAGAUUUUGGAUAUAUUCGAGACAUGCACCGGUUAUUAUCUCAUAAGGGAUAUGUUUUCCCAGAAGUUAAGGUUGAAGAUGUUGCAGUUUUAAAUCCUUCUGAUAAUUUACAAUCCUUGGAAGAAUUACAAAAGGAAGAAGCAAUUGUUCAUAGUGCUAAAUUGCAAGAAUUGAUUAGAAGAGGACGUCCUCAAGAUUUACAAGAAGCUAAUAGAUUGAUGAAAAUCAUGGCUGGGUUUAAAGAUGAUAGCACUCGUGAAAACAAAAAGCAAAUAACUGAUGAUUUAUCACGAUUAAAGAGAAAGGCUGAAAUUUUAGCAGAAAUGCUUAAUAAUAUUGAAGCAAGUGGAGGAAAAGUUGAUGAACUGGAGGCUACAAUUGAAUUGUAUCUGGCAAUUAAAAGUUCUCAAAAGAAAAUCACCAAGAUAAUUGAAGAAGAAAAUUCUAGUGAAUCCACUGAAUCAGUUGGUGAAUUGUUAGGUUUGAAUGAUAUAAUUAAUUCUGUCAUUCUGAAAUUUGAAUUAUUAAAGGCUGGAGAUAUUGAGCUGGCUUCAAAGGUUGUCAUUGGUGGAAGCACCAAUUCAACUGGUGGUGCUGAACUUAAUUUGAUUGAUUUCGAUGAUGAUGAACCAGUUGGUGGAGAAAAGGAUCAAUCUGGUUAUAAUGAUUUAUUGAGUGACUUAUCAAACCUUGCGUUUACAUCUGACUAUUCAAACUCCGCAGGAAAUAAUGUCAACAAUCCUACAAAUUUGUUUGGUUCAGGUGGUUCAAUCUCACUUGGAAACUCCUUGGGUCAAAAUUUUAAACAACCUCAACCACAAAAGAGUGUGAAUCUGACUUCUUCAAACUUUGAUCUUUUGGCUGAUUUAAAUUCUCCCUCCCCUCAACUUCAAUCAAAUACGCAAGCAUCUGCUGCUGCAUCCAAUUCUUUAGAUCCAUUUGGAUUCAAUUUCCCAUCCUCAACCCCUUCUCAAGUGCAAACAUCAUCAUUUACUUCCCCAAAUUCUAGUACUUCUCCUUCAAAAACUAUCCCAAUUAAUCAGUCUGCAGUUCUCAAGAUUGAAUUUGAUUUGGCUGGUGACGAUACUAACGUGAUUGGUAAGGCUAGAUUUUCCAAUGUUCAAUCACAACCCCUUAAUCAAUUUAAAUUUCUUAUUGCUGUUCCAAAAUCAUGUCGUUUAACUUUGAAGCCACAAUCAAGUGACGUUUUAUAUGGAUAUGGAGGUCAAACUAUUACUCAAGAAUUCUCAAUUGAAAAUAGUUUACAAAAACAACUCAAAGUGAAAUGGAAGGCUGAAUAUGUCUUGGCAGGUGAAAAGAGGGAAGAAACUGGUGUAAGUGUUUUGGCUUAA